AUGCUAAGGCUUGACCCAGUUAUCCAUCCAGACACAAAAAACAAGAGGUUCAAGUUCGAGGACUUUCUUCGCAAAGAGCACUCCUUCGGCCUAGACCCAGAUAGACCCGUUUGCCAGUUCUACAAGCCAAACCAGCCUGACUCUUGUCCCAACGGACCAUUAUGUCCAAACAAGCAUGUUCCUUCAAUGUACAACAACAAGAUCGUAUGUAAGCAUUGGCUUCGUGGUCUUUGUAAGAAGAACGACCACUGUGAGUUUCUUCACGAGUAUAAUCUAAGAAAGAUGCCUGAGUGUCUCUUCUACUCUAAGAACGGCUUCUGCACUCAAACGGCUGAGUGUUUAUAUUUGCAUAUCGAUCCCCAACAAAAGAUCCCUGAAUGUCCACUUUACGAGCAAGGUUUCUGUCCAGAUGGCCCAGACUGCCCUAAUAGACAUGUCAGGAAGAUCUUGUGUCCACUCUACUUGACUGGUUUCUGCCCCAAGGGCUAUGAGUGUGACUACAGUCAUCCGAGAUACGAUCCUACCGUGGCAAGAGAAAGUAAGGUGAAGAAAUUGAUCAAGGGAGAGACUAGAGAGAUCGAGAAGAUCUCCUACGACCAGCCCCUCACGGAUGUGGUCAGAACAGAUUCACCGGCUGCCCUGGCGAGCUAG